UUCCCGGUGCCCUGUGACCACCCCAGGGUACCCUGAGACCCCUUCCCGGUACCCUGAGACCCCUUCCCGGUACCCUGUGACCCCUUCCCGGUGUCCUGUGACCCAUUCCCGGUACCCCAUGACCCCUUCCCGGUGCCCUGUGACCACCCCAGCCCCCUUCCCCCGGCAUCUCCCGGGAUCCCCGAUCUCCGUGAUUUCCCAGCCUCAUCCCCCGGGCGAUUCCCGCCGCCGUUCCCACCGCCAUUCCAAGCUCUCCCGGUGUCCCCGAGCACCGACCCCUCUCCCUUUUCCCUCCCCAAGGCCGGGAUUCACCAUGAACUUCGAAGGGCUCAACCCCUCCCUGGCCGAGUUCGCGCCGCCGCUUCACCCGGCGCUGGAGCCGGUGCUGGACCCGCACCUGAACCCCAGCCUGGUGGAGCUGGACCCCGAGGGGGUGUCCCUGGAGGGGCUCCCGGUACCGGAGUCGGUGCACCUGAUGGAGGGGAUGUACAGCGAGCUGCACACCGCCGUCUCCGAGGUCGGCGUGCCCGUCUCCGUCUCCCACUUCGACCUGCACGAGGAGAUGCUGUGGGUUGGCAACCACGGGGGCCACGCCACCUCCUUCUUUGGCCCGACUCUGGAGCGCUACUCGUCGUUCCAGGUGAACAGCAGCGAUGACAUCCGCCAGAUCCAGAGCCUGGAGAACGGCGUCCUGUUCCUCACCAAAACCAACCUCAAGUACCUGUCCCGGGGCGGCCUCAUCAUUUUCGACUACCUGUCCUCCGACCGCCGCUGCCCCGUGUCCAGCCACUUCCCGUGGCGCGAGCCCUGCGUGCCACCAGGAGCCAAUUCCCACUCUGCUGUCCCCUUUCCCCUCCUGCCAGGCCAGUGCCAGUUCUGCGAGCCCACCGGGCUGGCCAACCCCGCCGACAUCUUCCACGUCAACACCGUGGGGCCGCUCAUCAUGACCUUCGACGUGUCGGCCAGCAAGCAGGCGCUGGCCUUCGGCGACUCCGAGGGCUGCGUCCACCUCUGGGCCGACUCUCCGGAGGUGACCUUCAACGCCUACUCCCGGGAGACCGACUUUGCCCUGCCCUGCAUGGUGGACACGCUGCCACACCUGGACUGGAACCAGGACCUGGUGCCGCUGUCGCUCAUCCCGGUGCCGCUGACCAGCGACGCGCUGCUCUCCGACUGGCCCGCCGCCAACUCCGCGCCGGCACCGCGGCGAGCCCCCCCGGUCGAUCCCGAGAUCCUGCGCACCAUGAAGAAGGUGGGAUUCAUCGGCUACGCCCCGAACCCCAGGACCAAGCUCCGUAACCAGAUUCCUUACCGGUUAAAGGAGAUGGACAACGAGUUCGACACCUUCAGCCAAGUCCCCGAGUCCCCGAUCGGGCGCGAGGAGGAGCCGCACCUCUACAGGGUGGCCAAGAAGUACAGGAAGGUCACCAUCAAAUACUCCAAGCUGGGGCUGGAGGAUUUUGACUUCAAGCAUUACAACAAGACGCUGUUUGCGGGGCUGGAGCCCCACAUUCCCAAUGCCUACUGCAACUGCAUGAUCCAGGUGCUGUAUUUCCUGGAGCCAGUGCGCUGCCUGGUGCAGAACCACCUGUGCCAGAAGGAAUUCUGCCUGGGCUGCGAGCUGGGUUUGCUCUUCCACAUGCUGGACCUGUCCCGAGGAGACCCCUGCCAGGGGAGCAACUUCCUGCGGGCUUUCCGCACCAUCCCGGAGGCGUCGGCGCUGGGCCUGAUCCUGGCAGACUCGGACGAAGCCACGGGGAAGGUGAACCUGGGGCGGCUGAUUCAGAGCUGGAACCGUUUCAUCCUGACCCAGCUGCACCAGGAAACGCAGGAGCAGGAGGGACCCCAGGCCUACCGGGGGGCUGGCAGCAGCAGCUUUGGCUCCUCGGGGGACUCGGUCAUCGGGCAGCUGUUCAGCUGUGAGAUGGAGAACUGCAGCAUGUGUCGCUGCGGGAAGGAGACCGUCCGUGUGUCCUCCACGCUGCUCUUCACCCUCUCCUACCCCGACAGCACCGAAAAACCAGCCAAGGAUUACGAAUUCGCCCAAAUUUUAAAGCGCAGCAUCUGCUUGGAGCAGAACACGCAAGCCUGGUGUGAGAACUGUGAGAAAUACCAGCCCACGGUGCAGACCCGGAACAUCCGCUGCCUGCCGGACGUGCUGGUCAUUAACUGCGAGGUGAACAGCUCCAAGGAGGCAGAUUUCUGGAAGACACAGGCUGAGUAUUCCUUCCAGAAAGCCAUGAUGAAGAGAGGAGGCUUCGACAUCACCAAGGGAAAGGAGAUCGCUCUCGGGGAGUGGAAGGAUCUGGGGAACCCCGACACGGGGCAUUCGUAUGCUUCUGUGGAGGAACUGAAGAACAUUUGGAUCCCUCACGCCAUCAAGAUGAGGUUGACCAAGAGCAAAGAGCUCGACGUGAGCAACUGGAGCGAGAGCGAUGAGCUGAGCCCGAUGGACGACCCCGAGUCCGUGUACAUCUACGACCUGAUGGCCACCGUGGUUCACAUCCUGGAUUCCCGCACCGGGGGCAGCCUGGUGGGGCACAUCAAGGUGGGAGAGACCUACCACCAGCGGAAGGAGGGAGUCACACACCAGCAGUGGUACCUCUUCAACGACUUCCUCAUCGAGCCCGUGGACAAGUGCGAGGCUGUGCAGUUUGACAUGAGCUGGAAGGUUCCAGCCAUCCUCUACUACGCCCGGAGGAACCUCAACGCCAAGUACAACCUCGUCAUCAAGAACCCCAUCGAGGCCAGCGUCCUGCUGGCUGAAGCCUCGCUGGCCCGCAAGCAGCGCAAGUGCCACGCCACCUUCAUCCCCCUCAUGCUGAACGAGAUGCCCCAGGCAGGAGACCUGGUGGGGCUGGACGCCGAGUUCGUCACGCUGAACGAGGAGGAGGCCGAGCUGCGCAGUGAUGGCACCAAGUCCACCAUCAAGCCCAGCCAGAUGUCGGUGGCCCGGAUCACCUGCGUGCGUGGGCAGGGCCCCAACGAGGGCGUCCCCUUCAUCGAUGACUACAUCUCCACCCAGGAGCAGGUGGUGGAUUACCUGACCCAGUACUCCGGCAUCAAGCCAGGAGACCUGGAUGCCAAGAUCUCCUCCAAGCACCUGACCACCCUCAAAUCCACUUACCUGAAGCUGCGUUUCCUCAUCGACGUGGGCGUCAAGUUCGUGGGCCACGGGCUGCAGAAGGACUUCCGUGUCAUCAACCUGAUGGUGCCCAAGGACCAGGUGAUCGACACCGUGUACCUGUUCCACAUCCCGAGGAAGAGGAUGAUCUCCCUGCGCUUCCUCGCCUGGUACUUCCUGGACCUGAAGAUCCAGGGGGAGACCCACGACAGCAUCGAGGACGCGCGGACGGCGCUGCAGCUGUACCGCAAGUACCUGGAGCUGAGCCCGCAGGGCUCGGAGCCCGAGGAGUUCCGGAAGGUGCUCAAGGGGCUCUACGAGAAGGGCCGCAAGCUGGACUGGAAGGUGCCCGAGCCCGACAGCCAGAGCAGCCCCAAGCACGGGGCCGUGUUCCCCCCCGUGCUGGCCCUGUGACCGGAGCCCCCGCUUGGAGCAGCGCCGGGAGAGGCGGACACGGUGGAACUGGAACCAGCAGCGGGACCGGGGCUGUCCCCGACCCGCCCGACCCCCGCCCCGGGCCCGGCGUCCCGGGGCUCCCGUUUUCCUGCCGGUACCGGGAAGCACUGCCCUCCCCCCGCCCCGCUCGCCCGCCGGCCCGGGCGCCCUCAUAAAGCAGCCUCGGACCCCCG